AUGUCAUCACUUAUUCCUAUUUACUUGGGUCUAAACGGAAUGAGUAUGGCAUUGACUGAGUUCUAUUAUACACAGUUAUUGCAACCAAAUAUCUCUAAUCAUCUUAUUUCAUUAUGUGUCUCAGAUACAUUAGCUAUUGAUAAUGGUUUAUGGUUAGCAUCACAUUUAUCUAUAUUCAUCAAUCUUCGUCAUUUAUCUUUAAUUGACAUCAAACGUUCUUCUUUUGAAUUAAUUCUCAACGCAUGCUCACCCAAUACAUCUCUCGUCAUGUUUAGCGUGCAUUUUCCAACUUUCUUUCGUGCUGUUUCUACAUUUGAAGGUGUACCUGAAGGUGCAUAUUAUGAACGAAUCUUUCACUUAUUUCCUUUGUUACGUGUAUGUCAUCUUCGUUUCUGGAGUCAUAUACAGAGUACUCUAGAUCAUCAAAUACUUCUACCACUUGGUAAAGCUUUCAUGCCGAUUCAAACAAGUCUUUUAAACGUGCAAUCAAUUACACUUCGAGAUUGCUCACCAGACUUUCUUUCACAUUUACUUGAACAUCUUCCUCAAUUACAAGAGCUCAGCUUUAAUCUAAGUACUUCUUGGCUACCUGCUCAACAUCCAUUAAUGAAUGGCGAUAACAAGUAA